AUUUCUCAUUUGGUUUAGAAUGAUAUCAGUUGAAUUGAGCAGCUUUGGAGCCUGUUGUUCCGCCAUAUUGAGUCACGAUCAUAGGUUGUAUGGCCUACUUUACCAGACUAUGUUGUACAUGUUUCUUUGAGUUAUAUGUAGUUUAUAUCAGAAAAGGUUAUCAUGGAUUCACUGCAUAUUUGGAGUCUUUAGUAUAUUUGAGAAUUGUUGGUUAUAAAGAAAGGAAAUGUUGAUUUGCCGACAUUUUAUUUGAAUAGUUUGUAUUUUGAGGGACUGGCGUAUCCUAUUUAUAUUAUAGGUAUUGAUUUGAGGAAAAUUAGUUGUUGUUCAGUGGUUUUAGUUCAUAUUUCAAGGAAACUCUGUCAAAUUUGUUAAAAAUAUUCUUCAAUCAAACAAGUUAAGUUGCCUUGGUGGUGGGUUCAACGUUUACCUGGUAUCUAUCAUCGGAGCACGACACUUGUCGAAUCUAUUAAGGUGAUUCGAGACGACUCGUGUCAGUUUAAUCUCGCUAUUGGAUUAUAUUUUCGUUGGUCAGUGGUCAUUUCAUUUAGAUAAUAUAAAAAUGGAUGCGGCUAGGGAUUCCGCUGUGGCGGCGGCCGUGGAAGAGCUACUACAGGUGGCGGAGGAGGAGUGGAAGGGGCAAGGAGAGGAAGAAGAUGAUGAAAAUGAGAUUUUGAUAGCCAAGGUGCAAGCGUUAAUUGAAAAGAUCACUUCGACCCUGGAGAACCCUAACCCCAACGCCCUCCAUGCUCUGUCCACUAUUCUUGAGGCCCAGGAAUCCAGGUGCAUGGAAGAGACGGGCAAAAUGUCAACUAACAGUGGCCGGUCUUCUCAUAAUGUUGGGCGACUGGGGAACUUAUCUGAGUUAUUGAUAUUUCCUGAUAAUGAUGAAUUCUUUGACUUGAUAUCUUCAAAAUUUCUAUCUGAAACUACAUAUUCAGUGCCAGUACAGGCAGCUGCCAUGAGGCUUCUUUUUGGCUGUUUACUAACUUGGAAGGAAAUAGGUUUUUAUCCACAUGUAUUCGAAGAAGAUGUUUUUGAUAAUAUAAAAGGAUGGGUGAUGGACGAGUCACCCGGGACAUCUGUUGAGGAUCACAAUUGGAAGCAUGAAUCAAGGAAGAGGAAGACCUUGGACUCUGAAAUGUUAUGCACAUAUUCUACUGGUCUUCUUGUAGUAUGUUUGGCUAGGUUUUCUCUUGCUUCUUUUAACUUUUCUCUUGCUUCUUCUAAAAUAAAUGGGCAGAAGCUGGAGAAGCCGAGAAAGAAGGGAGAAGUCGAGAGAGAAGAGAAGGAAAAAGAGAAAGAAGGAAGAAAGGGGAAGAAGAGGACGCGAGGUGGUGACGAGGAAAUUGAAAACUAUAUGACCAGAUUAUCAGAGGUCUUUGGGAUCCACUCUCGUACACACAUAGGCUUUGUGCCGUAUACUAGGGUCAUUAGCCUUUGGGGCAGCUCCGCGUUUGUUUUGUCCAUUUUUAAGGGGAAACUUUGUCAAAAUUUUCAUAGAAAUAUAGCACAGUCAAAUAGGUCAGUUGGGACUGGUCGUGUCAGCCGAAGUGGGAAGGAUCGGAGUCUGACAAGAAGCCAGGAAUUGAGAAGGACUUCAGAUGCCAAGAAGGGCUUAGGAAAGAACAAUGCUGAUCCUUUUGUCCUGGAAAGAGAUGAUGAUGAUGAAUGCUUCAAAGAUUGCAAAGUUGGCUCUAAGGACAUUGCCGAUGUGUUCAAGAAAGCUGUCAGAGCUGCUGAAGCCAGAGCAGCGAAUGCUCCAGCAGAAGCCAUAAAAACAGCUAGUGAUGCAGCUGCCGAAGUGGUUAAGAGUUUUGCUUUAGAGGAGUUUAAGAAAACAAACAGUGAUGAAGUUGCAAUGAUGGCAGCUUCAAGAACGGCAUUAACUGUUAUAGAUGCUGCUAAUGCAGUUGCGAUAUCAAGGGGCUCAAGUACCAUGGAUGAUGAUUCAGGGAAUUCAAAACCUACAGAACCAGAACCUAUUGAAGAUAUUGGUGAAUUCUUCAUUCUUGAUAGUGAAUCCCUCCGAAAGCUUAAGGAAAAAUUCUGUAUACAGUGUCUUGUGAUUUUAGAGGAGUAUGUUGAAGUUCUUGGUCCUGUGUUACACAAAAAAGGGGUGGAUGUCUGUCUUACACUAUUGCAUCGAAGUUUUAAGCAUAAAGAUGCUUCUAGCUCUGCAUUACUUUUGCCCGAUAUUUUGAAAUUAAUCUGUGCAUUGGCUGCUCCUCGAAAAUUUGUUGCGCUGUUUGUGGAUCGUGGUGGCAUGCAAAAGUUGCUCCCUGUCCCUAGAGUUGCACGAACAUUUUUUGGUCUGUCUUCCUGCUUAUUUGGAAUUGGUUCAAUUCAGGGGAUAAUGGAGCGUGUAUGUGCCCUUUCUUCAAAUGUUGUCCACCAGGUUGGAGUGGCUCUUCAACUUCUGGAGUAGCCUCAGGAUCAGGCUAGGAGAAAUGCUGCUUUAUUCUUUGCUGCUGCUUUUGUCUUCGGAGCAGUUAUUGUUGCAUUCGAUGCACAGGAUGGUUUGCAGAAACUCCUUGAUCUUUUGCACAUUGCCGCCUCAGUGAGAUCAGGGGUGCCUUCUGGGACAUUAAAUAACUCAGGAUCACUUCGAAAUGGCUGAUCUCCCGCGGAGGUAUUGACUUCUUCUGAGAAGCAGAUAGCUUACCAUACUUGUGCUGCACUGCGACAAUACUUCAGAGCACACCUACUCUUGCUUGUGGAUUCAAUUCGACCCAUUAAAAUCAUCCGCAGUUCAACCAGUAAUAUUUCAAGUGCUCAGGCAGCCUACAAGCCACUCGACAUAAGUAAUGAGGCUAUGGACGUGGUAUUUCGUCAAAUACAGAGGGAUCGGAAACUUGGUCCUGCAUUUGUGAGGGCUCCUUGGCCAGUUGUUGAGAAGUUUUUAAGAUGUAAUGGUCAUGUUACCAUGUUGGAGCUAUGUCAGGCGCCACCCGUUAAACGUUAUUUGCAUGAUUUGCUUCAAUAUGCACUGGGGGUAUUGCGUAUCGUUACUUUAAUACCUAAUCGCCGCCAACUUAUUGUUAAUGCUACGUUAAGCAAUGAUCGUGUCGGUAUAGCUGUAAUUUUGGAUGCUGCAAAUGGUGCAGGUUAUAUUGAACCUGAGAUUGUUGAACCAGCGCUGCAUGUUUUAAUAAAUCUUGUUUGCCCUCCACCAUCAAUCAGCAAUAAACCAAGUAUAUUCACUCAAGGACAGCAAAAUUCUUCAACUCAGAGUGCAAAUGGUCCAGCUGUAGAUCAAAAUAAUACGGAGCUAGCAGUUAACGUUCCAGGCGAGAAUGAACCUAGAGAGCGAAAUGAAGUACCUGCGUUGAUGGAUCGAGGUGGUUCCUCAAUAGUUUCCUCAUCUUCUGUUGGUAAUACUUCACAAUCACCUUCUUCUGUGGUAGCUUCUGGAUUAGUGGGAGAUCGUAGAAUAUCCUUGGGUAGUGGAGCUGGUUGUGCUGGCCUUGCUGCACAGCUAGAACAAGGAUAUCGCCAAGCAAGUGAAGCUGUUCGUGCAGAUAAAGGCAUCAAGGUUCUUCUUCGUCUCCACCAACCCCGGAUGGUUACAUCUCCUGCUGCUUUUGACUGUCUUCGGUGUCGGGUUCUUCUUGGUUUAGCCAGAGACGAGUCAAUUGCACAUAUAUUAACGAAGCUUCAGGUAGGGAAAAAGCUAUCAGAACUUAUUCGAGAUUUUGGCAGCCAGACCACUGGCAGUGGGCAGAACAGAUGGCAGGCAGAGCUUGUGCAAGUGACUAUUGAGCUAAUUGGGGUUGUGACUAAUUCUGGACGUGCAAGUACUUUAGCAGCUAGUGAUGCCACUGCCCCGACUUUGAGACGUAUUGAAAGACCUGCUAUAGCUGCAGUUACUCCUAUCACAUAUGAUUCAAGGGAACUUCUUCUUCUUAUCCAUGAGCACCUACACACAUCAGGUUUGGCAGGAAGUGCUGCUAAACUACUGAAAGAGGCUCAGUUGACACCUUUGCCAUCUUUGGCAAUCCCAACAUCGGGAGCAAAUCAAGCUUCUGUACAGGAAACUUCAUCAAUACAAAUUCAAUGGCCAUCCGGACGAGCUCCUCGUGGAUUCCUGUCAGAUAUGCCCAAAAUUUCUUCUUAUGAGGAUUCCAGCUUGAGAUGUCCCUCAGCUGCCUCCUCAAUGAAGAAGAAACCACUUGUAUUUUCAGCUUUGCGAGAAUUCUCAAAAACUCAGGCUACACUGGAGGAGUUGCCUGUACAAUCAAACAGUAAGUUAAAUACCUCAUCAAGAAGAUCUGCUGGACUCGGUGACACUGCUGAAACUCCGUUAGUAUCUGCUGUGAAAUCUGGUGGGGAUGUGGAUGCUCAAACCAGAACUCCAAUUGUGUUGCCAAUGAAACGUAAACUGACUGAGUUGAAGGAAACUGGGUUUGCAUCACAAGGGAAACGACUGAACACUGGUAAGCACACUCUUAGAUCUCCUGUUUUCCAACAACAAAUACUGUCCAUAGAAAUGGUGUUCAAUUAGAUUCAAAUGUGUUCUGCACACCAAGUUCUACACUGAAGGAUCAUCAUGCCGAUUGCUAACUAGUACAUUGCCGGCUGAUGCGGAUGAAAACCAGUAUGCCAGUGCUCAGAUGGAUCAAUCAUCUUCCUCUCAUCAUGAAUUUCUGAAGGAUCCACAGCCUUCUGGCUCAGAGCGGCUGACCUUGGAUUCGAAUUAUGAAUCAGGCUUGAAUUGAGUUUGAUUCUGGAGUAUAUUGACUGUUGAGAUUUUAUUGGGGGUUCUUUUUAAUGUUUUCUCAUGUGUCAGUUGCCUUCAA